AUGCCUACAGCAGAGACUAUACGGCCCCAGACACAAAUAUUGUCCAAACGGAAGUAUCUCAGUGACAAUAAUGAUCCGAAUCCGAAGAAAGUGCGCGUUGCGGGCGAACUGGCUAUAGCACUAGACACGACGGCAUCCCCAGCUGCUAGCCCAUUCACACAGCUCCACGAAUCUCUCGUCUCCAUACUACGGCCACGAUACGAGGUCAAAACCAUGUCAGUCAUGUCUUCGACUAGCAUCAACAAGCACGUCGACAAAGCCCUCAACCACCUCGGCCGCUUCAGCAUGUGGGAUCGGUCCGUCCUCCCGGGCGUGGUGCUUUUGUCGGCAAAGGCGAGCGCGUCGAGCAAGCUCAUCACCGUUUCAGAGCUGGUUCGGCGGCGCAUCGGAGAGAGUGAGCAAAAAUGGUAUCAGUACAACGUGCUGAAUGAAUCGCUGUGCGAGCCAACAGCAGCCGAGCAGCCCAGAGAGGUCGUAGAGGACACAUUCAUGGAGGUUGAUCCCGAGCACGAGCCCGGGAAUGCGAGCGAUUCGGAGGAUUACUUCGAAACGACGGUGAACCCCGGCAGCAUCCACGAAAGGGCCACCCAGCCUGCCAAAACCAGGCACGUUGCAUUCAUGAGCAUUUUCCUCUCUAGAGUCCCGCUCGGCGAACUCAAUUCCCUGCCGAACAUCAUACUCCAGACAAACGAGAAGCAAAUCGAAUACGUUAGAAAGAAGAAGGCAGGCCUAGUCGGCUAG